AACUCUUAGAAAGCUUCUGUGUUUCAUUAUUCAUCUUAUAAGAUGCACAAUGAAAAUGCUAGACUUAGCAGUUGCUCCUGAGGCACAUAUAUAAUGUAAUCUACUUCUUAAAUUGCAAAAUAUUGAGGCCACGUAAUGUGAUUUCUUAAAAGUGUCAGUAUCUGGCAUUUUAAUUGAGUUAAAAUCCCAUAAUGAAUAUAUGAGAAACGGUAUAAAUAACCAUUUGAAAGACAUGAUUUAAGACAUGACAUCUGAUGUAAGCACAGCAUAAAAUGAGGAUUAUACCCUGCUUCACUCAUAAAGAUUACCUUGUUGCUUUUGGUAUGAUUAGCCCAUCUUUGAUAAAAGCUCAGAGAAUAUGAUUUUCUAUUCGAACAGACUAGAGAAUAGUCCAGAGGCAUAAUAAACCUGGCUCUGUAAGGGACAGGCCAUAUCCUGUAGGGCCAAGGGUCACCACCCCAGGACGGUCAUAUCUGUCUAAGCUGUCUAGCGUCCACAGCUUGAGAAAUUUCAGGAAGAGUGAAGCUGCCCAUCAAUACUGAAAAUUAUCACGAUUCUUUCAUCUGCAUUUUGUGAUUUAAAAUAAGAAAGGCUACAAAUGAAAGGAGGCUUUUUGUCCCAUCUAACCCAAUUAAAUGACUUUUGACUAAUUGACUAAUCGAUUCUGACCCAAGUGUUGCAACUUCUAUUGUACAUUUCUUCAGUUCAUAUAAGCUGUUAGGUUAUUUGUUGUUAAUUUUUAGUACUUUUGUUUAUUUUCAGGCAAUGAGAGCUUGGAAGAAAACUAUGUGCAAGACAGUAAGAUGGGAUUCGUCAUCAAUGCCAUUUAUGCCAUGGCCCAUGGGCUACAUGAUAUGCAUCAUAAAUUGUGCUCAGGACACACUGGGCUCUGUGAUGCCAUGAACCCCAUUGAUGGCAGCAAGCUGCUAGAAUUCCUGUUAAAUACCUCUUUCACAGGUAUAUCUGGAGAGGAGGUACGGUUUGAUGAGAAAGGGGACACACUUGGCAGGUAUGAUAUCAUGAAUCUCCAGUAUGUGGAACCUGGUCAUUAUGACUAUAUCAAUGUUGGAUCCUGGCAUGAAGGAAACUUAAAUAUUGAUGACUACAGAAUUCAAAUGAACCGCAGUGGGAUGGUGCGCUCUGUAUGCAGCGAACCUUGCUCAAAGGGGGAGAUAAAGGUUAUCAGAAAAGGAGAGGUCAGCUGCUGUUGGAUCUGUACAGCCUGCAAAGAUAAUGAAUAUGUUCAGGAUGAGUUUACCUGUAAGGCCUGUGACCUAGGAUGGUGGCCAGAUGAGGAGCUUGAAGGUAUGUGUUCAUUUUAG